GGGUUAAGCCAUCAAACAUCGAGCUGAGAACCACCGUGAUGAGAUGAGUCCCUGUGUUGGGUCUGAGUCACUCGAUGUGCGCGCAACAGCACAAAACAGCCAGAGCAGCAGUCUGGUCCAGAGCUGGUGGGGGCCGGAGAGAGGGAGAAGGACGCAGUGUGGGCGGGUUAAGAAGCGCCGAGAGGGAGGGGACGCCAGCGUAAUAUUCCCACCGUUUUUUCUCUCCUUCCACCUCCGUAUAGAGCCGAAAAAACAAGGGCAUCCAUCGGUCUCAUCUUCCUCACACCUCAUCCCCGAGUCUCGCGCCAGGCUGAACUAUCCGCUCUGUCGUUUCUUCAGCUGCCGUGUGAAGACUGUCCGUGUGUCCUCUCCUACACCUGGAGGUUUGUUUUCACCCUGCGGGGUGGGGGUGGGGGUGGGGUGGGGGGGAGCAUAGCCGAGCGGCAGGGGCGUGAGACGCGGAUGCUGUGAGCGCAUAGAGGCUGGGUACCAACCGGGAGCAUCACCGCGACUCACCACGAUGGACAGAAUGAAUUUUCUCUCCUUCUUCCUCAUUUGCUUGACUUCGGUUGCCAAUGGCAACAAAGCCAAUAAGCACAAGCCAUGGAUCGAGACGGAGUACCAGGGGAUUGUCAUGGAGAACGACAACACGGUGCUGCUCAACCCCCCUCUCUUUGCCCUGGACAAAGAUGCUCCACUUCACUACGCUGGUGAAAUCUGUGGCUUCCGGGUUCAUAAUGGCCCCUCGGGUUCAGGCUCGGUCCAGUUUGAAGCUGUGGUUCUGGACCGCUCCACCGGCGAGGGCCUGGUCCGGUCCAAGGAGCCGCUGGACUGCGAGAGCCAGCGAGAGCACAGCUUCACCAUCCAGGCCUACGACUGCGGAGAGGGACCUGACGGAGUCAACAGCAAGAAAUCCCACAAGGCCACCGUGCAUGUUCGUGUUAACGACGUCAACGAGUUCUCCCCGGUGUUCGUCGAGCGGCGCUACGAGGCUUCGGUCCCAGAAGGACGUCUGUUUGACAAACUCGUGCGGGUGGAGGCGCUGGAUGCCGACUGCUCCCCGCAGUACAGCCAGAUCUGCUUCUAUGACAUCAUCACUCCUAAUGUGCCCUUUGCUAUCGACAACGAUGGUAACAUUAAGAACACCGAGCCGUUGGACUCGAAGCGCCAGCGUGUUUUCACCUUCUGGGUGACCGCCUUCGACUGCGGAAAGAACCGAGCUCAGGCCGAUGCCCAGGUGGUCGUCACCGUCAAGCCGUCCUGCAAACCCGGCUGGAUCGGAUGGACCAAGCGUGUAGAGUACACUCCCGGGUCAGGCAGCAUCCCCUUGUUCCCCAGUCUGCAUUUGGAGACCUGUGAGGAGACUGUGUGGAACAUCCAGGCCACCGUAGACCUCCAGACCGGCCACAUCGGGAAGGGCUGUGACCGAGACAGCUACUCCGACCGAUCUGUCCGACGGCUGUGUGGUGCUGUCAGGGGUGAAGUGGACCUCCUCCCUCCUCCAUCUCCAGCUGCCAACUGGACCGCCGCUCUGCCCACUCUCCCCUCCUCUGAUUCCUCUCUGGUCUUCUCCUUCAAUGGAUCCAACCACGUCGCCGUGGUGCCGGAUUCGGUUGUCUCCGCGUUGUCGGGCGACCACUUCACCCUGCAGCUGUGGAUCAGGAGGGGUGGAGCCAACAUCCAGCCUGCGACCACUCAGACCAGAGGCGGUCGCAAGGAUGAGGAGACCAUUGUGUGCAGCACUGUCAAGAACGAUGAUUCUUUCUCCCACUAUUCCCUCUCCGUCCACGGCUGCCGCCUCUCUCUCUUCUACUGGCCCGACGUCUCCGCCGCGCGACCCGUCAAGUUCUUGUGGAAACUGGAGCAGGUGUGUGACAGUGAGUGGCAUCAUCUGUCACUCAGCAUCCAGUUCCCCUCCGUGACCCUGUAUGUCGACGGUGUGACCUUUGACCCCGCCCUUAUCCAUGACAACGGAGCCAUCCCCAACCCCGCCCCCCGCCAGAGGAUGUUCAUCGGCGCCUGCUGGGAGCCCGAAGAGAAGCAGAAGGAGAUACUAAACAACACCAUCCCGGAGGGGAGAGACUCAGUGAAAUAUGUAGGAGGUUACCACGGCCUGUUGUCAGGGGUGACGGUGCGUCCUGGCACCGUGGAGUCUCACAGUGUGGUGGAGUGUCUGUACGCCUGCAGGGAAGGCCUGGACUUCGGAGACCUGGAGACUCUGGGCUCCGGCAUGAAGGUGCAUGUGAACCCCAGCCAGUCAGUGCUGGUGCUGGAGGGAGACGACAUCGAGAGCUUCAACCGGGCAGUGCAGCAGGUCACCUACAGGAACUCUCUCCGCUUCGCCACCCCCGGAGUCCGACCCCUCAAACUAACCACCUCGCUCAGAUGUUUCAACGAGGAGAGCUGCCUGUCUCUCAAGCAGCUGGAGGGAUACCUGGUGGUCCUCCAGCCUGACGCCCCUCAGAUCUCUCUCUCUGGGGUCGGCCCUCAUCUGGCUCGUCCUGCCCCGGAGUUUGAGGGUCCCCGUGGGGUCCCCCUUUUCCCUGAGCUUCGCAUCGUCUGCACCUUGUCUCAUGCUGUCAACACAGCUGCACAGGGGAUGGAGGGAGGAGCGCUGAUGUCUGACGCCGUGGCUCACACUUUGGACGGCUGUGAGGUCCAGCCCCUUGGGGAGGAGCUAAACCCAGAGAGGGAGGAGCUUCUGGUGGAUAUGGAUGUCGUGCGAGAGAGGGGACUGGAGGUCAUCAAUACUACUGCUUAUAUUGCCAUCACAGGUGCCGAAUCCAUCUCUGUGUACGAGGACGUCCUUCGCUCUGUCCGCUACCGGCUGGCCAAAGGCUCAGCCCGCUUCGAGAGGCGGUUCCGCCUGUCCUGCUCUGAGAUGAACGGCAGAUACACCAGCAAUGAGUUGACUCUGGAGGUGAACUUCCUCCACUCUCUGGACAGUCUGUACCACCCGUCCCACCUGCUGGCCUCCCAGCAGCAGUUUCUCCAUCCAUCCCACCAUGCUGGAGAGCUGAGCGGACACACCCUGCCCAAUCCACACCGCAACUCAGUGGUGCCAGGAGCAGCCACAGUCAUCAUAAUGGUGUGUGUGGGUUUCCUGGUUGUCAUGGUGAUCCUCGGUGUUUUCCGAAUUCGCUCCAUCCAUCGCCGGGGUGAGGGUGCCAGGGGCGGGGCUAAGGAGGGAAGCGGCCAAUGGGACGACUCUGCCCUCACCAUCAUCGUCAACCCGAUGGAGUCCUUCGAGACUCGUAUGGGCAUCUCCGCUGACACAGAGGGGGAGGGGGAGGAGGACGAGGAGGUAGCAGAGUCACCUGAAGACGCGAGCGACGACCAGCGAAUCAUCAUAAAGAAAGAGGGGCGCGACGGCAACGCCCGCCGCUACUGAGCCACGCGAGUGCACCAGUUCUCAUGGAAACCACCAACCGGCUCACACACUCCAACACUUUUAAUAUCAACGACUGCUGACACGACUCGUAUAAGGAAUGUAUGCUUACAAACACUACACACAACACAGUCACUGUAACAACACUUCUCGACACUCAACACCAUAUGUGACCUAUAGCCAACAACGGGCAGUUGUUCUUCACCUAAAUGUUCAAUGGCACAAUGUAUACAUUUAAUGUAAUUUAACCGCCUGAGCAAAACCCCACCAAAAUUGUAUGUGGUGCACCAGUUCUCGAUCACAAGAUUGUAUUGUGUCUGUAAAGUGUAAUACUGGUUGAAUCGGACUGCUUUAGUUUCAACAAAAAAGAAGAAGAUUACAGGAACAACCCGCAUCACGCAGGCCUUGAAUAGACGAGGAGGCAAAGUCCCGACACAUCCCUUAUUAGACUCGACUCACGAAGUCUCUGCACAAGCUCUUUUCUCCCUCUUUGCAUCCUCUCUCGACACAUUCCUCGACCUCCGUUAACCACAGAGUGAAGAAAGUGAGGUCAGACAGCAGACAGUCACUCUUCUUAAAAGCUAAAGAAGAACCAUGCUACACUUGCAGGUAUUUUUCUCUCGGUAUUGUGACUACUUUAGUGCUUCAGCUAUUUUACGUGGGGCCGAUGAUAAAAUAUCAACCGUACACCUCGUCAUUUACACAAGUUGGCACUUAUGCAAUACCCAGAAGCAGAGCAGAAGCCUCCAGGUGUUGAGUCAGGAGUCUUUGCAAAGUUUCAGUUUGUGCUGCUAAAUGUCAAAACAUCACAAUCCACAGUAAACCUGGUCAAACCUCACCUCUGACCCCCACAGUGACCGCUGGAAUGUCUCUCAAUGACUCUCACUGCACUCUUUCACUCACUGCACACUGCUCUUUCAAUAACUGCAAGACGUCACACGCAUUCACACACACACACACACAAUCACACACACACACACACACACACACUCCAUAGUGCUACCCCUGCUGUUUCCAGAAUGUCAGCUCAGCUUGGGCAGUUUUGAUUGUAUUGAUUGUAAUGAAUUUUCUGUACAUACAUUGAUGAAUAUUAUAUUAUUGUUAUUACUAUUAUUAUUAUUGCAGCCACUCUACUUCUGCACAUGUUGAGAGGGAGCAGAUUAUGAUUUACUUUUUUCCAUUUCAGUAAUCACCUUUACAGCAUCAGAAAACAGUGUGAUGAUGGUGAUGAUGAUAAUAAUAAUAGUAGUAGUGACACGGAUGAUAAUCCAUGGCUUGAUGAGUGUCUCUAAAUUUGUGUGUAAUAUUGUUGUAAUUUAAGAAGUUGUCAAUAUCUGAAUCACAGAAAACGGAGGGCACAUUGUUGUGAUACUUAGAUACGUCUCACUCAUUUCAUCUUUAACACAUUUCAAAACUGAACCUUUAAUUUAUUUUAUAUUUCCCUCCAUCUGGUAUAUUUGGUUUAAUGAAUGUACAACUGUGUGCUUUUCCUCACCUCCCCCUCUGCCUCCCUGUCUUUCUCGCUCACCUCUCCCUCACUCUCCUCUGUGUCUCUUGCUGUCUGUCUGUGUAACCUAUCAAUGUGCAGUGCUAAACCUGUCAGUAAAUAAAGCCUGUCGUUUUGAGUGUGAAGGAAGGAAUACACAUCGCAUUGAUUAAUAACUUAUAUUAUUACUAUGUUACUAUUGGAACAUUACCUGUGAUUAUUGAGACAAUGAUGACAUGGAUAAUGCUGACUAAUUGUUAUUGAGAGCUGUCAGAAAACAUUACAAAAUUCAUAAUAAAAACACUAUAUGACGUC